AGUCGUACGCGUCGAAGUGAAAGGGCCAGAAAAACAUGUACGGCCCUACUAGAAACGCGUUCGGCUGAAUCGAUGCGAGUUAAUGACAGAUUGCAAAAUUUUGUUUUGUCAAAAGUAGGUCAUGGAUGUGAAUGAUUUUCUUUGUGUGCACUUUGUUUGUAGGGACUUACAGUCCUGUUUGUUACUGACAAUGCCAGCGCCUGAAAAUAACAGGGGUAGCCGUUGGGAUGACGAUGGUGAUCCACCAUCUCUCAGUAUUGAGGUGAAGAAGCUCAGUGAUCUUCCUAAAACGUCAAAGCAAUGGAGCAAUGUCCAUCUCCCAGUAGACAUUCUGUUAUUGACAGUUGAGAAUUGUGAGUUCUUGGCAUGUCAUUAUUACCUAAGAGAUGCUUUUAAAAGUUAUUCCCAAACUCUUGGAUAUGUGUACUUUGGAAACAUGGGUGAUCAGGAUAAGCCAUGGAAAGUUGCUUUAGUGAAGUGUUCCCAAGGCUCCUCAGUUCCUGGUGGCUCCCAGACAGCUGCUACCAAUGCUGUUACCCAAUUGAGACCCAAAAUCACUUUUUGUGUUGGCUUCUGCAAAGGUCUGAAUCAUGACAACACCAAUCUAGGAGAUGUGGUUAUAUCCUGUAAGCUUACAACAGAUUCCUACAAAACACCAGUGAAAUAUGAGCUGACAGAAACUUGA